UUGAACCCGCCGCGGCCAAGGUAGCCGCGCUUUGCGGUUUUUGCGGCGCGCAUGUUACUGUUGACUCGUGGAAAUACUAUGACUCUGCCUGAACCAUGUCCACAGCACCUCGCUUAAGCUGCCUCAUCGUCUUGAGCGGCUCAAAGGAUGGAAACUCGGCGCCAUCGUUUAUUCAAACGUUCACGCUACUGCACAGCACAUUCACGGUCCAAAUAGCCACGCCAGGGGGGCGUCCUUUGGAGUUCGUUAACCAAGAUGACCAAAGCCGACGCUGGCUUAAUGACUUUCGCAUGAAAGUCUUUGCAAUCCCCAUUGGACUUCACACUGUAGACCCCAAUCGGUACUCCUGCCUGAUUCUGCCUCACAGUCCAGGAGCAGUCCAUGACCUCUGGGAGAACAAAGACUUGGGUCACAUCCUCAGGCACUUCAUCCAGGAAAAAAAACCAAUCUGUGCCAUUGGUAUGGGAGUUGCCGGUCUCUUCUCUGCUAUGGAUGACUCCGACGUGUGGAGCUUCCGUCGAUGCACCUUGACUGCUGUCUCUGUAUUUGAGCUUGCCCGGAGCCCCGACUUUGCCAACCUUCCUGUGAUCCCCGAGGAUGUCAUCAAGGAUCGAGGAGCCCUGUACAGCUCGAGUGACCCUGAUGAAGUGCACGUGGUGGUGGACCGGCACCUGGUGACCGGCCAGAACGAGCAGUCCACACUGACCGCAGUGCAGAACCUGGUGCUGCUGUGCAACCAGAAGCAGGCGGCCACACGCAAGGAGAGGCAUCAAUGAAGCCUCUUGUUGUACCUACUCCGCUUCUACAUCUCUUAUCUCGUGCUUCUGAAAGUCGUUCUUAUUCCGCAAUUUCUGUACAGCUGCCCAGCAUUUGAGUCGGUAUGAUUGUUCGGUGAGGUCCAUACGGUGACUGCGUAGAGUGGACGGGGUGGGGCAAGGACCAGGAACUUUGUUUUUAAUGGAUCACAUUUCUUUUGCUGGGCAUAGCUGUGUGUGAGCUAUAAAUUGAGUUAAAUGGAUGGGGCGGUAUGGAUACUUGCUGCUUCACAUACUAGCAUUGGGCCCAUUCUUGAUGUAGAAGCAACGGAUUGUGUAUGGGUGUUAAAACUUAACUGCAAACGCCUUAAUCUUGCCGCGCGAAGGAAUGUAAAGGAACAGGAAGGGAGGAUGACAGGCAUAAACUGUUGUUUAGUUCUGUGGUUGCUGUUACUUUAUCUGUUUUGUCUAUUCUCUUUCUUUUUGGUGCUGUAGACUACUAUGUACUAUGAUGUACGAAAGUGUGUUAGGACUCAUGAUUCACAACCUCACUGCAGGUUAGGUUACCCAAGGACAUCCACUGGGGGUGCCUACAAGGGCACCCUAAGUGGAUGCCCUUGCUGGUGUGCCUGUUCUUAACUCCCUGUAGUGAAGGCACAGGGAUCGUGUCAGGCCGUCAGUGAUGAGAGCUGGUUGCUUGUUCUAGGAAGGAGUGGCUCGCCCAUUGUGCACUGAUAAUCUUCUUGUGAAGCUUCAAUUCAAUCGGCGUCGUGCAGGAGAUUGGAGCCAGGCAGUGGAGGAGCCCUUCUUCUGGGUCUCUAUUCUGAUAGGCUGGCGCAACCCUACACUGUGCAGAGUUGGCAAGACAAAGUAUAUGGUCCUAGGCACCUUUGUUCGCGAUAGUACACUGAGAGUAGAGCAUCCACAUAGCUGCAUGCAGUUACCAAAUAGAAAUUUUAAUCGCUGCCUGCUAUCGUUCAGGUCUGGCCAACCAUUAGACCACUCUCCUCUUGUGGUCGUAAGCGUGGAAGCUAUGUUCUCCUUGUCAUCCCCUCUUUCUGUCUAGAAAGCAAACGCUACCUCCUGCUUGUGUCCCCUUUUAAUUUCCCCGCGUUCUGUAGAGCCUGUAGUCUCCGUGUUCCCCAUUGUUUGUACAUGCAAAGUGCACUAAUAUAUUUUUUUACAAUCUAUCCCUCCCAUAUGUGUGCUGGCUUGUUUAUGUGUAGGAAUAACUCGGUUGCAGUUCUUCUGUGCCUGUCCUGUCUUUAUAGCAUUGCUGCAGAUGCUUGCAUUGAUUGCAUCGCGAUGAAUCAAAGCAUAGAAUUAAAGAGAAUGGCAUGACGUGCCCUAUA